AAUGGAAUGGGGACGCACCUCGUCCGGUUUCCUCGCCAUCAUGUCCCUAUAUGAGAUCUCCUUCAAGCCACCUGGAAACAUGGUGUGAUGUCUAUACACUAGCUGCUCGGCCUUCUUUCCGGUGACCUUGACCUUCCUUGCGUUGCUCACGACAACAUAAUCACCACAAUCGACUAACAUGCCAGUCAAUCAUCAGCUUUUUGAUUCAUAUGGAUGCCUACUUACCACCAGGGUCAAAUAUUGGCUUGUGCUUGCCCAUGAGCACGAGAGCUAUACGCUCCGCAAGUUUACCCAGAACGCGGUCUGAAGCGUCGACAUGGUGCCACACACGGGCAUAGGCAAGAGCGGUCUAAAAGCAAGCAAACCAGAGUGAGAAUAGUGUCGAGCACGGGUAUGAAGUCGACAAACGUUUCCGAUGGCCUGAGACAUGUCGAGGUAUCAAGACGAACUUGUCCCUCUGGAAAAAGAAAGUGAAGCACAGGGUGUUGGUCGAUAUGGGCGCCUACAAGACCCCGCGCCCACGGCAGCUCGGGGCGGGUCGAGGAAGCUCUCACCGUUUCUCAGCUCAACCGUCAUAUCCGCUCCUUGUCUCUUUGCUUUCUGCUUCACCUCCUUUCUUCUUGCUUAUAUCCUUCACCUCUCCUUACCUCUCUCUAUUCACAUCUCUUCCAGUUUAUGAUCGUCCCCACAUCAACAUGCCCGAAUACGUCUACGCAUUACACAACUUUGUCCCCGAGAAACCUGACGAGGUCCCAUUCAAAGUCGGCGACCGAAUCGAGGUGAUUGAGAAGGAUGAUAUGUACCAAGAUGGUUGGUGGCAGGGUCGCAAUCCUCAAGGCCUAGUUGGCCUAUUUCCUCAAACAUACACUUCGACACACCCGCCAGCUUCAUCAACAGUGAGCUUUCCAGGUUCGUCGACUUCCAUCAAGGGCGAGACCUCUGCAGAGAGCUCUUCCGUGAUACCUUCCAUCGCUCUCGAUACACUAGCGGAAGAGCCAGAAUCGACUACACCUAAUGCGACCUCGACCCCGGAUGAUCGUGGACGAACGCUUAGCGGUGAAAUGAUGCAGGCGACGAUGACUGACGUCCAAAAAGCCAUUGAGCAGCUGGGGAGAAACGACCGCGAUGGCGCGCGGAGCUUCAGCUUCGUGAGUUCUCACGGAGAUUACACUGAUAGGUCAGGUACAGAGACUGAGGGUGAUUCGGAGGACGAGGAGGCUUUGGGUUGGCAUAAGGGCGCCCGUGAGAAGCUGGCCAUGCGAGCGAAGCAGGAGAAUGAAGAGAGGCAGGCGAAGGAGGCUGCGGAAUCGGUGCCUACGACGCCUAUGCGACUUACUGCCCCGCCGAUUGACGUGGAAAUGAGCGACGAGAGCGAGGGCGAAGAGGAUGAGGAGCAGCUGGCAACUCUUCGUGAGAGACAUAGCGACCCAUUCCCCAUUAGGCAGCAUCCCCAUAUUCCAGAGGAAGAGGAAGAGGAAGAAAAUGACCAGACGGUUGACCUGAGCAAGGUGCCUUCGCCCGCUCAAGAACCUCACUUGCCAGCUCCUCCGCCUGCACCGUAUGAUGCAGCCAGUUCGCAUAUCGAACCUUCCGAGGAUUUCGUUGUGCCGUUACCGGAUGAGUCUGACUUGCCUACUGCUACAGCAGAGAAGGUCUCAUUUCCUCUACCUACCCCUGCUGCUGACGUCCCCAAGCCCGCCUCUCCAACACCUCCAUCUUCAACUAUUGUUUCGCUACCGCCAUUACCUCCAUCCGAACCAGUCCGAACCACACCUUCAUCUCCUGCUCCUGCUCCACCGGUUUCACCUCCAGCAAUCGUUCCAUCACCUGUACCAGAAUCGCAACAGUCGACACCUCAGCUAUCGCAUGCCCCUCACUUACUCAAGUCGAUUCCAAGCACGAUUCGAGUAGGGGAACAACUCCCAUUUGCUCCAAGCCCUAUGGCGUCUCCUACGGUCUCGACGAUCGGCUCAGUUGGACCUCAGAGCUCGAUCGGUCAACAGACAUUGACACCAGCCACUACCGUGAACUCUUUCAAGACUGCGGCUCCACUUGUGGCGCCGCCUGCUCAGCGACAGCCGUCAGUUCCGGUCAGCACGAGUUCUUCGACACGUGCGUACGAGUGGUCUGUUGAAGAAGUUGUGGAAUGGCUCAAGUCGAAAGGCUUUGAUCAAGGCACCUGUGAUAAAUUUAUCGAACAAGAAAUCACAGGUGACGUUUUGCUUGAGCUCGACCAGAAUAUUCUCAAGAACGAGAUUGGCGUCCUCGCGUUUGGCAAACGAGUACGUAUCAUCAAUGCUAUCGCUGAACUCAAGCGACCACCUUCACCAUCGGAGUCCGAGAAACAAGCUGCUGCCGCUGCCGCUGCCGCAUCGACGUCCCGCUCACAGUCGAUCAGCUACUCUCACUCGCACACUGCUUCGGUGCAGAGUUCUGCCCAUCACUCUUACAACGCUCCGUACUACACUGGUCCUCAGUUCAGUCCUGUGUCGUCACAUAUGGGUAUGAUGUCUUCGCAAUCUGCACCUCACACCCAUAUGGGUGGUGCAUUCUUGACUGCAGAAAACUCACCGCAGAAUGGCGAGUUCGCAUCGCAGGGGUUACCUAAUGGGUGGAGAGCUUCUGAUCCUGGGUCAGUCACUGCGACUGCUAUUGGUGAUCAGCAUCCAAGGGAAAAUGCUGGGUUGGGAUUGGGGUUGCCUAUUUCCAUGAGUUCGCCUUCGAUCAAUGGGAAACUUCAGAAUCGACCGGCACAACUCAUGCUUUCUCCGAGCGACGGUGCAUUGAAAGCGUCUGCUGUCAUUGAUGACCAGAAAUCGGUGAAUGGGGUAGAUGACAGAGGUGUUCUGAGCGAUAGUGAAACCACCCAUGCACUUGACGCCAAGCAAAAGCGAAGACGUUUGUUCGGUCGUUCAACCGAGUCUUCUUCCCUGAAGGAGAAGGCGGCCUCCCUGAAGGAUACCAGUAGUAGUCGACACUCCCGGGAUAUCGCCACCACACCUAUAUCUGCGUCACCUAAUAAUGACACAAAGAGCGAGUUUGCGGACGAACUUCCUCCAGUGAGGCGGCGUAGCAAGAAAGGGGGAGAUGGGGAGCGGAAGGCUUCUGAUCGACUCAGUCUCUUUGGAAGUCCCUUUGCCUCAACAAUUGGGAAGUCGAGGAAACCACCGCCAAGACUCUCUACUUCUGCGGAGAAGAGCGAGGACAAGCCUCAUAUGAGUAUGAGUACGUUCUCUCGUAUUGUCCACAGUGGCGAGAGGAGGAGCUCUAGCCGACCCUCAACUUCGGAUGGUACUCGUCCGAAAGAGAAGAUAGGCGGCGCUUCACCGCAAGAUCGCUCCAUUCUCCGCAAGCGUACAACGUCGACUGUAGAUGCUUCUGUCAUUAGACCCGGCGCAACGGCAGUGCAAGGACCCGGUCCUAACUUAGUAAGUGGCAGGAGUAUUCUCGAGCAGAUCGGCACACCAGACCACAAUGGCUGGAUGCGAAAGAAGAGCGACCGGUACAAUACGUGGAAGACGCGGUACUUUGUUCUCAAGGGAUCCCAUUUAUAUUGCUUGCGGAGCAACAACAAGUCGGUGAGUCAUCCAGUUCUACUGUAUUGUGACGUUCUGAGACGAUAUAUAUAUUUCUUGCAGGAAACAAAAAUCAAGGGUUAUGUCAAUAUCCUUGGAUAUCGAGUACAAGCCGAUGAGAACGUCGAUCCGGGUCGUUACGGCUUCCAAAUCGUACACGACACCGACAAGACCCACUACUUCAGCUCUGACGAGCAAAUCGUUAUUCGGGAAUGGAUGAAAGCUCUCAUGAAAGCUACAAUCACGAGAGAUUACACCAACCCCGUGGUAUCGUCAAGCAACAUACCCACGAUACCCCUCACCGUGGCACAAGCGAUGAACCCGACACCGCGCCCACCUUCGCCGACAGCUCGUGAAGCCACACAACGUGCCCAUCGCCGUGACAAUCCCAAUCAGCUGUCCACUAGGGAUGCUGAAGUUCUGUUAAUGGGCAUGCCGGCGAAGGAAAAGUCCUUGAAUGGAAAUGGCGAUCGUACACGGCUGGACUCGUUCUUCACAGUCGAUAGCGUUUCCAACAAGGGUAAAGACACCAAGAAAAGCCCUCCGCUAAAGAGUUCGGCUCCACCGCGGCCAUCGCGUGAAAUGGGCAGAGUUACUUCAACGAAUGAUCAUCAAUCACUGGAUAAGUCGUUGAUAGAAUGGGCAAACUCUCACCUUCCGGAAGCUCUGCAAGUGACAGACCCCACCACUGCAUUGUAUGGCGGUCUCGCGCUCCUACGUCUCGCAGAGAACAUCAAGGGCAAACCUUCUUCGCCGCCGGUACCCGACUCGGCAUUCCCAUCACACCCAGACGACGACAAAAUCGAUGGACUCUUCCGGCUCUUUGACUUCCUUCUUGACAAUGACGUCAAGAUGGGAUCGGUUAGCAUCAACGAUAUUAGACAAGGCAAGAGAGACAAGGUUGUGCAGCUUUUACGGGCGAUUAAGACGUGGGAGGAGAAACGGAAGGCGAUAGCUCAGUCCAUUGGAAAAGGAUCUAUAACAGCGGGCCCGUUUAUGGCUAUGGCUGGUCCGAUUGAUUACUUCUGAUCUCUAUAUUUUCAUUUUUCAUGGACUCUCUUGGGCGACGGAAACACUAGAUACCACAUAGCAUAGUCUACAGUAUAUAUGGCUCCUCUCAUUUACGGUUAAUUGUGCUUGAAGCAAUCUAUUGUUUUAUCAUUC